UUUAUAAUUUGGUGCUGAUCAAUAAAAUUCAAUAUGAAAUACUGAUCUUAUUUUUCCAAAUGACUAGCUUUCUACGAUCAAUGUAUUUACUUGACCCAAAUUAAUUUUAAAUAUAUUUUUUAUCGUCAUAAAAAUACAGAUUGAAAUAAAUAAAAACAAUUGGUUUUUGAAGGCACAGUUAAUAAGUUUAAAUACUUUUUUACAAUUAACAAGUACAGCAACAUAAAUCGUUGUUACUUUGUAAUUUAUAAGUCUAAAAGGCUUUGAAAAUGGCGGAAUGGAAGCAUUUAAUAACAGAAUGGUUCAAUGAAUAUGCUGUUUUAAGAGAAAAUGAGAUCAAAAGCUUUGCUGCUGAACAUGAGCAUAACCAUGAAAUUGCAACAGCAAUUUUCAAUUUACUCUACAGUGAAGACGAAAGUGAGAACCAAGUGAAAGGUCAAAGAAAUGAAGUAGAUCAACAGAUGCUUGAAAAUGUUUGCAUACAACUAUUCAGUUUCUACAGAUCUAAAGAGGUUGAAUUGCAAAGAUUUACAUUACAGUUUGUUCCCACUUUAAUUUACACAUACCUCAGUAAUGUUGCCCAAGGCAAUAGUAAAGCAUGCCGGUGUAUAGAAACAUUACUCAUUGGUCUUUAUAACUUUGAAGUGGUUGAUGAAAAUGGUAAACCAAAAGUUGUGUCAUUUAGGUUGCCUUCAUUGGCGCAGGCCUCUAUAUAUCAUGAGCCAUUAUCCCUUGGAUCUCAGUUCCUAACAGAAAGUGCUCUCCGACGAUGGGAAGAGUGUAAUACUAAACUUGUAAGAUGGGGACCACAUGCUCAAGUGGAGACAAUAAAUGCACAAAACCGCCUUAAAGUCAUGGCUGCUCUAUUAUUUAUUUAUAAUGGUCAACUGAGCUUACUGCCUAAACUCUCUUUACGCCAUUUCUGUAUUGCUGCAUCUCGAAUAGUAACACAAGGUUUUAAUAAGAAACCUGGCACCAAAUCUAUUCAAAGGAUACCCGUGUCCUCAAAUUUCAUGUUGGAGAUGAUUGAGGGUGCAUAUUAUGCUAUGUUCAAUGAAUUUUACACAUUUGCUCUUCAAGCUGUUAAGGACAUAGAUCAGAGGGCCCAGUAUGAACUGCUGCCAGAUGUGAUGUUAGUCACUAGCGCUGUUAUUAAUUCAUUAAUGAAUAACCCAACGGGUCAACCCUGCGAUGGACCUAUGGGUAUAAGUGUGGCGCUAUCCCCAGCUACAACUACAGUUACUAUGUCUAAAUCUAUGAUAACAAAUGCAUCAUUCCGUACGAAAAAAUUACCAGAUGACAUUCCAAUCCAGGCCGGUCAAGCCGUUUCGACGGAUUCAGCCGAAAUGCUGACAUCCAUAACAGAAGAAGGCGAAGAUACUCCCAUGCAACGCGGCGCUGUGAGGAGCUCCAAACCACGACACGGCGGGCUGCUCAGCAAGAAGAAAGAUAUCAAAGACAAGACGAAUGAUAAGAAAACACCAACACAAAAGGGGAUCUGGAACAGCCUGAGUGGUGGUGGAGACAUGGUCGACGCGAACGCUGACGGCUUCGAAGCCAACGGAAGCGUUAAGGACGAAAUUUCGAUGACGUCAGUUCAGAAUAGUUCAGAAAAUUCGGACUCGCGAUCCCAGGUGACCACGGAUUCUUUGGACAUGGAGACGCCGCGGUUUGCCGCGAUGCAAGUUAGCUCUGUGUGAAGUGUGACGUCAUCAUACGUACCUAUUAGCUCUUACCAUGUUACGGUGUUUGGUUGCAAGUUUAGCGUUCAGCUAAUUAACAUUACAAUAGCUUGUACACGUGUUGGUUUGACUUGUGAUAGAUGUAAAAAUAGUUAAUGUAGUCCUAUCCGUUGUAUGGAUGAUAUGAUUCUAAAUUAAUAUAUUCUUAAAAAGUU